UGACAAAACCUAUCACUGCCUUUCUUGUCGCUUCCUCCGGUGGCCCUCACCCCUCCUCCCGGGCUGACGUAGAGAGGAUCCUCCGCUGCCCACGACUGUGGGCGACGACUCAGCCGCGGGUAUAAACAGCUUCGCGGGACUCCAGCUCGUCACUGCUUGAAGCCGCAGCAACUCGUUCACCAGAGCUGAACCUCAGCAGAGAUAGCAGCAAGCAGGCACUUCCACGCCGCGCAGGCUAACUCGCUUUCGGCUUUGGUUCGAGAUGGAGAGUCGUAGGACCAUGAGGCGCUCCAGCGCCCGCAACUUCAAGGGUGGUUUGUGUCUUUGGCUGAUUCUGUGGCUGGUGGUGGUGAAGCCAAGCGGGGUGUCUGCAUGCCCGAGGUUGUGUGUGUGUUACCCCACGCCCAUGACGGUCAGCUGCCAGUCCCAGAACCUUACCAUAGUGCCGGCCGGUGUGCCAUAUGACUCUCAACGUGUUUUCCUGCAGAACAACCGCAUCACAGAGCUGCGUGCAGACUCUUUUGGCUUUGAGACACAGGUGCUUUGGCUAUAUGGCAACAACAUAACAUGGGUCGAGGCCGGGGCCUUCAGUAACCUCAGGGUACUGGAAGAGCUGGAUCUGGGCGAUAACCCGUUACAGCGCCUGGAAGGUGGAGCCUUCAGGGGCUUGGAGAGGCUGCAGAGCCUGCACAUGCAUCGUUGCAAGCUGGCCACUCUCCCCCAUGACCUCUUCCACAAGCUGUACAGCCUGCAGUUCCUCUACCUGCAGGAGAAUCAGCUCCACUUUUUGCAGGAUGACCUGUUCUCAGACCUGGUCAACCUCACUCAUCUCUUCCUGCAUGGAAACCGCAUCCGUGCCCUCUCUGAGAAUGUGUUCAGAGGCCUGGUCAACCUGGACCGCCUCCUUCUCCAUGACAACCGCGUCAGGCAGGUCAACCGUCGGGCUUUCCGUGACCUGGGCCGCCUGACCAUCCUUUACCUGUUCAACAACUCCCUGGCCGAGCUGCCAGGCCAGGCCAUGAAAGACACCCAAGGCAUCCAGUUCCUCCGCCUCAAUGGUAACCCCUGGUCCUGCGGCUGUGAGGCUCGUCCCCUCUGGGAGUGGUUCCGCAAGGCCCGCAUCUCCUCCUCUGAGCUCAUGUGCACCUCCCCAUCCCAACGUCGCGGCCAAGACCUCAGAUUCCUCCGGGAGAUGGACUUCGCCCUCUGCCCUCUGCCUGACCCUGGCUCUCUGGCGGGAUCCACCACGACCACCUUCAGCACUAAGACCCGCUGGUGGUUCUCCAAGCACAAGCCUGUAUCUUCAUCCAAGGCCUCAUACCAGAAAAGCACAGAGGAAGUGAAGGCCUUCCCCUUCCCUGCCGGAAAGCCUCAGUACCUCCCCAAAAACCCCUCUGAAACCUUCUCCUCAAAAUAUGAACUGUCGGAGGAUGAGGUAGCGCUCCCCAAGCUAGACCAAGAAGAAUACUGGACCAACUACGGCAAUGAAGACGCCUCCAUCCGCUGCUUAGAGCUGGAGUGCCCCCCAGGCUAUGACACAGCCUUCCCCUCGUCCUCCUCCUUACACAGCACCCCAUCCCUCCUCCACCUCCUCUCCCUCUCCAUAGUCACAUUAUCCCUCCAUUUCCUUUUUGGCUGAACUCUGCUCUCCUUCACUCCCUUUCCCCCUCUGAUUUCUCUUUCCAACCCUAACAAAUACCUGGAUCUUGAUUCCUUUCAGUUACCUCCUCGACUUGCAGGAGGUGCUACACUGACACAGGAGACAGGUGAGGCAGCAGGGAGCUGUUUUAAAGAGCAGAGAACAGUUAAGUUGAUGUAGAGCAGGACAAGAAUCCAAUGCUGAAGUAGCUGCUGCUUAUAGUACAGGCAUUAAAAUCGGAGAUCAGAUCAUGGAAACUGACUCUGAUAGUGACGGUACAAAGGCAGAAAUCUACAACAUCAUGAUGAAAUGAUAGAGACACAACACACAGCUGUUGGUGUCUCCAGGUGGUUUUUGAUAUCACAGCUAUAAACAACGCAGGCGUUGUGACUCGUCAACAGCUAUUUUCUAUAGUGCUUACCAUCAUCCGCUCACAGCUAACAUAUUGUUCCUCACUAAUUUCUUUCUUUCAUCAUGAAUAAAAGUGGUGAUUGAUUAUUAUUAUCAAGAGGUGGAUUAACACAGAAACUCAGUCUUGAGAGUAAAGAAUUACAGUGAGAAGUAAAAAGAAAAUCAAUACAAUGUAAGCAGAGUGAGCUAUAGAUGUUCAUCUAAAGGCAGAAAAGGAUGAGAGGAUCAGAACUGCAGCCAAGAGCAGCUCUACUCUCUCCUUCAGAUUCAAAAUCUUGUGUGAUCCCAGCGAUGCCAGCAAACAACCAUCACCACCCACACUUGUACAUACCACUAAUCAACACUGUACAUACACACAUCCUAAACUGCUUUGUAUUUUAGACUAUAGCUGGAUUUUUACUUUUUAUUUGCUACCAUUUAGUAAACUACAGUUUGUGGCGAUAGAAGAGAUACUUAGAUUGUAAAUGUUAUGUUAUGUUUU